AGAAGCAAUAGUUGUUGUUAGAGGGAAAAUGGGGGUUAUACUUCGUGUUCUAAUUUCUACUUCCCUGGCCUUUACAAUCUCUGAUAGUUUUCUGAUUAUCCAUGAGCUAAAAGAGCAGUGUAUUUAUGAAAGUCAUAAAAUAGCUUAUGUGGGAAUGUGCAACUUGACCAAUAUUAAUCAGCAGUGGAAUUGGUUGCAAGAAGACAAGCUUCUCCAUCUCAGAACUGGCCAAUGUCUGGCCAUCACCAGGUCCAAGGUUGCACAUUCCAGCAAGGUGAUUGUUGCCAACUGCUCUGAGGCUCCUAGCUGGACUUGUUACAGCAGUGAAGGCCUCCUAGAGGUGAAAAACAGCUCUCUCUUCCUUGAGAAACGAAGUUCAAGAGUAGUUGUGAAGAAGGGCAGGAAAUAUCCCCAUAGUUGGAAAAAACUUGAUGUCAAUGAGAAAGGAGAGACCAUCCAUGAAAAUCUUUGUUCAAAGAUUGAUUUCCAAGAUGCUGAACCAUUGGCUCAGAGCACUAAAAAUACAUCCCUUCCCUUUAAUCCUAUAACACAUAAUCCACAGAAUUUUCUUGGCAGUAGCAACACGAUGAUUUCCAUCAGAAAUGUUACAGAAAGCAAUUAUAAGGCUAUGGGAAAAUUCAGUCUUAACCAGAAUUUAUUUGAAGUGACAGAAAAAAACUGGACUCCUACAACUACCUAUCAUUUCUCUAGCACUACAAAAGAGAGUGGUCUAGCUGCUCCAGUCAAAUGCACCAUCAACCAGACAGAAUGGAAGGUCUCCAGCCAGUCGGUUUAUCUCAGAUGGAACAGUUCGGGCAACUCCUGUAAUUUCAGCGUAAUCUGCAGCUCCAGCAAGGUUUUAUCCAGGGAUUGCCAAGCCAUCCAGAAGGACAAUGGUUCCUAUGAAUGCAACUUCAAUGGCUUGGAAGCUGGGACUUUGUACUCGCUCAGGAUUGUUUCUCUCUCUGAUGGAGAAACUAGCAAUGUCACCCUGCAAACAGAUGUGUUGCCCCCUGCAAGAUUUGAAAUUAAGAAAGACAAAGUUACAACCACCACUUUACAGGUUUGGUGGAGCCCAUCCUUAGGGAAAGUGGAUUGGUAUGAACUACAAUUACUUAAUGGCAUCAAAAAAGUGGAAGAGAUUCUAGUUCCUGGAGGCAUUUCUAGAAGUGAUCAGAUAUUUGCCAAUCUCAUCCCUGGCAAUAAAUACACCAUCACCAUCAGAGCAGUUGCUGGAAAUAAAAAAAGCUCAUCAGUUGACAUCAGUGGGUCUACUGUUCCUUCACCAGUCAAAAAUAUCAAGAUCUUGAGUGAGAUGCAGUCAUUUCAUAUUUCGUGGUUGCCAGGAGCUGGUCAUGUGGAUCAAUAUAGGCUGGUUUUGCUGGAGAAAGAUAUUCUAAUUCAACAGAUGAAUCUAGAGAAAGAUAUUUUGUCAUACAAUUUUUCAGGAUUAAUACCGGGAUGUCUUUAUAAUUUGACAAUUAUUUCCAAGGCUCGGGGGAUGGAGAACUAUAAUGUAAGACUAGUAAGAACUGCUCCAGCCAAAGUCCUAGAUCUGGUGAUAGCUAAUGAUGAUAGUCUGGAUACACUGAAAGUAUCAUGGAAGAGGCCUUCAGGGAUCCUUGAUUUCUACAAUGUCACCAUAUUUCAACAUGGGUCUUUUAAGGAAAGUAAAAUUUUACAAGCACAAGUCACAGAGACUUAUUUUGACAAGCUAAUUUCUGGAAGUCUGUAUGAAGUGAAUGUCAAUGCAAUCAGUGGUGAAUUAUUCACCAAAGUGACAGCUCGUGGAAGGACAACUCCCCAAAAAGUUUCAGAAUUGAAAGUAGACAGCAUGGGUUGGUCGAGAUGUCUAAAAGUAAAUUGGCUUCCCCCCACGGGAGAUUGGGACAAAUACCAUAUUUUACUGUUUGACCGCUCUACAUUACUGCUGAAUACUACUCUGGAGAAAGAUAAAAGAGAAUACAUCAUCAAGGAUUUAGCACUUGUUCCUGGAAGACAAUAUGAGGUGGUUGUUAGUGUAGAAAGUGGAGGCUUACAUAAUAAAGCCCACUGCAAAGGCAGAACAGCUCCACAGCCAGUUCUCCAGCUUCGUGUGAAGCAUGCUAAUGAAUCAUCUCUAACAAUCAUGUGGGCGACCCCUCAGUCUGACUGGGAUCACUAUGUGGUUUCACUGGGACACCGGUCCCUCACAAUCGUUAACAGGGCUCUGGCUAAGGAAGCCAAAGAGUUCACUUACACCAAUCUGUCUCCUGGCCGAAAGUACACUGCUAAUGUGACUACCAUAAGUGGGGAUUUGAGUAACUGGACUUCAAUUGUGGGUCAUACAGUUCCAGCACAAGUGAUGAGCUUAAAUGUAGCAAACCAAGGAACAACCAACAGUCUAUUCACCAACUGGAUAAGGCCAAAAGGAGAUGUAGAUUCAUACCAAGUGUUGGUCAUUCAUGAAAAUGUUGUCAUAAAAAAUGACACGGUUCCCAGGGAUACCGAUAAGUACCACUUCCAAUCCUUAAAACCUGGAGGACUCUAUUCAGUGGUUGUUACCACUGUUAGUGGAGGAAUAUCUUCCAGACAAGUGAUCGCUGAAGGAAGAACAGUUCCUUCCAGUGUAAGCGGAGUCACCGUGAACAAUUCAGGGCGGAGUGAUUAUUUGAGUGUUUCCUGGCUGCCAGCUGCAGGGGAUGUGGAUAGCUACAUGGUGGCACUCUCUCAUGGAGGUCAGACUGUCCAUAUCAUCGCCAUUGCAAAAUCCACCAGUGAGUGCUCCUUCAACACACUCACACCGGGUCGUCUCUAUGAUGUAACAAUAACAACCAAGAGUGGGAAAUAUGAAAACCAGUCUUUCGGUCAAGAGAGAACAGUUCCUUCAAAUGUCCAGGGACUCACGGUGAGCAAUUCUGCAAGAAAUGACUAUUUAAAGGUAUCCUGGCUACAUGCCACUGGAGACUACGACAAUUAUGAAGUGAUCAUCAAGCACAACAAUGAUUUCAUUCAAAGAGAAACUGUCGCCAAGGAUGUCAAUGAAUGUGUAUUCACUAACCUGAUUCCAGGAAGGCUUUACAGUGUAACUGUUUGCACAAGGAGUGGAAAAUACGAAACCAGUGAAAGGGCCAAUGGAAGGACAGUUCCAGAAUCUGUAAAAGAGUUGACUCUUAGUGACAGAAGCACUGAAGAUUUAUAUAUUACUUGGUCCAAAGCUGAUGGAGAUGUUGAUCAGUAUGAGAUCCAGCUUCUGUUCAAUGAUAUGAAAGUUUUUCCAUCUCAUCACCUUGAAAAUACUAUCAAAUCAUUCAAGUUUACAUCCCUCACUCCAGGACGCCUUUACAAAAUUGUUGUCAUGACAAUAAGUGGUGAAGCACAGCGUUCUACUUUCAUAGAAGGAUUGACAGUUCCAAGUGCAGUUAAAAAUAUUCAUAUUUCACCUGCCAGAAUGAUGAACAGCUUGAAAGUGAAUUGGACCCCUGGAGGAGGAGAUGUUGAUUCUUAUACUGUCACAAUACUUCAUCAGAACCAUCCCAUUGGUGUCCAGACAGUUUCCAAACAUGUAUAUGAGCACACGUUUAACAAACUAGAAGCAGGGGAGCAGUACACGGUUGUUGUACAGACCAAGAGUGGCUUCCUGCAUAACAAUUCAACUGCUGUUGGACGAACAAUUCCUGCUCCUGUUCAACAAUUGCAUGCAGACAAUGAAUACAGCAGUUAUUCAUUGAUGGUGACAUGGAAUGGUGCUCCUGGGGUAUCUGAACGUUAUGACAUCCUCCUGUUGACUGAGCACGGUGUCCUUCUCCACAACAAAUCAGAACCAGCCACUGCUAAACUACAUAAAUUUGAAGAUUUAACACCAGGCAAAAAAUAUAGAAUACAGAUGUUCACUGUCAGCGGUGGUCUCUUCAGCAGCCGGGCAGAAACUGAAGGGCAAACAGCUCCUGCAGCUGUCACAAAUCUGAAAGUUACAGAACGUACCACUGGACGCUUGUCAUUCAACUGGACUACUUCUCUGGGAGAAUUUGAUAAAUACGAUAUUUUUUUGUAUAAUCCAGACACAUCUCUUCAGGACAGGAAUUCAGGAAACCAGAAUCUCCAAAAGUAUUCCUUCCAGAAUUUGGUGCAAGGCAGACUGUACAAAAUUGUGAUUGUUACUCACAGUGGCAAGCUUACUAAAGAAGCGUUCAUUUUUGCAAGAACAGACCCAGCUCCAGUUAGCAAUCUCAAAGGAUGCAAUAGGAAUAUGACUAACGGCCUAUGGUUUACUUGGAACCCAGCACCAGGAGAUGUUGAUUAUUAUGAAUUACAUCUUUAUAACACAAAUGGUACACAGAAGGAAGCACAACGUGGAAAAGAUCUGACAGAAUGGCAUUUCCAGGGUUUAGUUCCUGGUAGAAAAUAUACUCUUGUCGUGGUUACCUAUAGUGGUGAGCUUUUUAAUUCAGCUAAUACAGAGGGACGAACAGUGCCAAUCCCUCCCAGUACUAUGUCAUUUGCUGAUGUGACCAACACCUCUUUAUCCAUUGCAUGGCUGGGCCCUCCUGAUUGGACAGACUAUGAUGAUUUUGAGUUGCAGUGGACCCCCAAAGAUGCCCUCACAGUCUUCAAUCCUUACAUUAGCAGCAAAUCAAAAGACCGCAUCUUGAAUGGCCUCCACCCAGGGAGGCUCUAUCACUUCAGUAUCAAGACAGUUAGUGGUCCAGUUCGGAAGACUUAUAGUAAACCCCUGCUUGGAACUGUGAGGACAAGGCCGGAGAAAAUACAAAAUUUACAUUGUCGGCCACAGAACUCGACUGCCAUUGCAUGCUCCUGGAUCCCUCCUGACUCUGACUUUGAUGGAUAUAGCGUUGAGUGCAAGAAAAUGGACACAGAGGAGAUAGAAUUCUCUAGGAUCAUAGAGAAAGAAAGAUCUGUAUACAACAUCAUGUCCCUUGUUCCCCACACAAAAUACUCAGUGUCUAUCAAAGUGCAAUCAGCUGACAUGACCAGUGAGAUGGUAACAGGCAAUAGCAUCACUAUGAUAGAUCGCCCUCCUCAACCAGCUGCAUAUAUUCAAGUGAAUAAAAAGGAUGCAAUUAUUACCAAAUCCACUAUCCACUUCACCUUCAAUUGCAGCUGGUUCAGUGAUACCAAUGGAGCUGUGAAGUACUUUACAGUGGUUGUGAGAGAGACUGAUGGCAAUGAAAGAACGAAGCCAGAAGGGCUUCACCCUUUACCCUCUUACUUGGAAUAUAAACUCAACAAUUCCAUCCAGAUCUAUCAAACAGAUUACUUUGCAAGUAAAUGUUCAGAAAGCCCAGAGAGCAUUUCAAGGAGUUUUGAUAUUAAGCUUGGAGCAGAAAUGGAAAAUCUGGGAGGAAAAUGUGAUGCAAAUCAGCAGAAAUAUUGUGAUGGACCAUUAAAGCCCAGGACUGCCUAUAGAAUCUUCAUUUGGAGUUGUAGAAGGCAUGAGCACUGGUUUAUUCUUAAUAAUUAUGGUUAUGGCUAUCACUGGAUUGCUUGUUUGCAGACGAAAAAUAAAAACUGGCCAUGAAAGAGCAACAGCAAAACUAAGCAUUCGUAAGGAUAGGCCAUCAGUUCAUUUGAAUUUGGGACAAAAAGGGAACCGGAAAACAUCCAGCCUAAUAAAAGUAAAUCAAUUGGCAAUAAUUUCCGUAGGGAAUACAUUGCAACUCAAGGACCUUUGCCUGGCACAAAGGAUGAUUUCUGGAAAAUGGCAUGGGAACAGAAUGUUCAUAAUGUUGUCAUGGUAACCCAGUGUGUUGAGAAGGGCCGGGUAAAAUGUGAUCAUUAUUGGCCCUUUGACCAGGAUUCUUUAUAUUAUGGUGAUUUAAUAGUCCAGAUGCUAUCUGAAUCAGUUCUCCCAGAAUGGACAAUAAGAGAGUUUAAGAUUUCCAGUGAAGAGCAGCUCGAUUCUUCUAGAGUUAUUCGUCAAUUUCACUACACUGUAUGGCCAGACCAUGGUGUACCAGAAACCACCCAGUCGCUCAUUCAGUUUGUGAGGACUGUAAGAGAUUAUAUCAAUCGGACCCCUCAGGCUGGGCCAACUGUAGUUCAUUGCAGUGCCGGUGUUGGUCGAACAGGGACAUUCAUUGCACUUGAUCGACUUCUUCAACAGUUGGACUCAAAGGAUUCUGUGGAUAUUUAUGGGGCAGUGUAUGAUCUUAGGCUUCACAGGGUUCACAUGGUUCAAACAGAGGUAAGCUUUAAAUAUAGAAUGGUAAUAUAGUAUUAUCAAAAUGGCUAAAGACCUCCAUGAAAAUCUAUAGAAGAAAACCAAUGUCUCCUUUCCU